AGAGCCAGAACCAAUUCGUCGUUAUAUUGAUGCACCUUUUUUUUGCAACAGGACUUCCUUAUGGGUGGUGUUUCCGCUGCCGUCUCCAAGACCGCUGCUGCCCCCAUUGAGCGUAUCAAGCUCUUGAUCCAGAACCAGGAUGAGAUGAUCAAGCAGGGUCGUCUUGCCUCGCCCUACAAGGGCAUUGGCGACUGCUUCUCCCGUACCAUGAAGGACGAAGGUUUCGUCUCUUUCUGGCGUGGUAACACUGCCAACAUCAUCCGUUACUUCCCUACCCAGGCUUUGAACUUAGCCUUCAAGGAGAAGUUCAAGCGUAUGUUCAACAAGGACAAGAAGAAGGAUGGCUACUGGGCCUGGUUCGCCGGUAACUUGGCUUCCGGCGGUGCUGCUGGUGCAUCGUCGCUCUUCUUCGUCUACUCGCUCGACUAUGCUCGUACCCGUUUGGCUAACGAUGCCAAGGCCUCCAAGGGUGGAGGUGAGCGUCAAUUCAACGGUUUGGUCGAUGUCUACCGUAAGACUCUGGCCUCUGACGGUAUUGGCGGUUUGUACCGUGGUUUCACCAUCUCUUGCGUUGGUAUCAUUGUCUACCGUGGUUUGUACUUCGGUAUGUACGAUUCGCUCAAGCCUGCUCUUCCCGAGAACCUCCAGAAAAACUUCUUGGCUUCGUUCUUGCUUGGCUGGGUUGUCACCACCGGUGCUGGUCUGGCUUCGUACCCCAUUGACACUGUCCGUCGUCGUAUGAUGAUGACCUCCGGUGCUGCUGUCAAGUACGACUCCUCCCUCCACGCUUUCCGUGAAAUCGUCGCCAAGGAAGGUUAUAAGUCCCUCUUCAAGGGUGCUGGUGCUAACAUUCUCCGUGCCAUCGCUGGUGCUGGUGUCUUGUCUGGUUAUGACGCUCUUCAGGAACUCAUGUAUGGCAAGAAGUUCUAAGUU